UUUUCUCCAAAUUUUCAACUCCGCGUUCACACCUCACCUUGCGUUCACACACAUAAACCUUACCUUAAAAAACAUCUUCAAAAUUCAACCAACACACAAACAAUUUUUUGUGUCUUCUCAACUCUCUCUUGUUCCCAACACAAUCUAUAGAUAACGGUUUCAAUCUUCUCUUAUGAAACUCCCAACUUUCGCAGACCCUGAAUCACUCUCUCACGUUUACAAUUUACUUCAAAAUUCGUUUUAUCAAAUGAAUAAUCCGAACAAUAACAGUGGUAGCUCCACAAAUAUCAGAAAAAGACGCAGAAAAAAUGAACAUGGUGGUGGUGAUGAUGGUGAUGAAGAAGAUGAUAAAGGUUCAGUUUCAAUCAACAAUGGAGAAAACAAGAAGAAGAAAGAAGAGUUGAAAGGAAUUCUCACAUCAAUUCUCUUACUCGACGAGCAAGAGAAACAAGAGGUUGACAACAGCAGAAGAGUUUCCGAGGACGAGAAAUUCUCGUUAGAGACGAAUCAUAAGAAGAAAACCAAAGCUAUGUCUGAGUAUUUCUCAAAUCUCGAUGAUUGCUUUACCCAGGUGGAAGAAUCGGAGAGAGUCAAGAGGAAGAAUUCGCGAAACAUGUCGAAUUCUGUGGCUAUUGCUGCUGCAUGUAGUGAGAGUUUCGAAGAAGAGAGUGGCGAACGUGGUAAUGAAACAAACGGUUCGAAAUCGGGUGGCUCGCAGAGAAGGCUUUGGGUGAAGGAUCGGUCGAAGGCAUGGUGGGAUGAAUGUAACAAGGAUGAUUUUCCUGAAGAUGAGUUUAAGAAAGCCUUCAGAAUGGGAAAAUCGACUUUUGAUUUGAUCUGCGAAGAAUUGAAUUCUGCGAUUGUGAAGGAAGACACAACAUUGAGGAAUGCUAUUCCGGUUAGACAAAGGGUUGCUGUUUGUCUAUGGAGAUUAGCAACAGGUGAUCCUCUUCGAAUUGUGUCGAAGCGAUUCGGUUUAGGUAUAUCCACUUGUCAUAAACUUGUUCUUGAAGUUUGUACUGCUAUUAAAACUGUUCUUAUGCCUAAGUAUCUGCAAUGGCCUAAUGAGGCUUCUUUGCGAAAAAUUAAGACUGAAUUCGAGGGAAUUUCGGGGAUUCCGAAUGUUGUAGGAUCGAUGUAUACAUCACAUGUUCCUAUCAUAGCUCCUAAGAUUAGUGUUGCUGCUUAUUUUAACAAGAGACAUACUGAGAGGAAUCAGAAAACUUCGUAUUCGAUUACCGUUCAAGGCGUUGUUGAUACGAACGGUGUGUUCACCGAUGUUUGUAUCGGUUGGCCUGGUUCAAUGCCUGAUGAUCAAGUAUUGGAAAAAUCAGCACUUUUUCAAAGGGCUAACAAUGGAGGACUUCUGAAAGGAAAUUGGAUUGUUGGAAGUUCAGGCUAUCCUCUAAUGGAUUGGAUUUUGGUGCCUUAUACUCAGCAGAAUCUCACUUGGACACAACAUGGUUUCAACGAGAAAAUCGGCGAGAUACAGAAAGUUUCUAAAGACGCGUUCGCUAGAUUGAAAGGUAGGUGGAGUUGUUUACAGAAAAGGACUGAAGUUAAGCUGCAAGACUUGCCUGUUGUGCUUGGUGCCUGUUGUGUUUUGCAUAAUAUCUGUGAAAUGAAAGGCGAGACGAUGGAUCCAGAACUUAAUGUCGAUGUUGUUGACGAUGAAAUGGUUCCGGAAGUUGGUAUGAGAUCGGUUAAUUCUUUCAAAGCUAGAGAUGCUAUUGCUCAUAAUCUUCUGCAUCAUGGUUUAGCAGGAACUUCAUUUCUUUAAACUUUAUAGUUUGUUUAAUUUCUUGGACUUUGAUCAUUGUUAUGUUUCUUUGAGAACAUUGAUACUUUUUUUUUUCUUGUUUAUUUACAUAAAGUUGAAAUUAUUCAUAUCAUAAUUUGUUGAAGUGGCUUUGUAUAAGGUAAGAUAUUGUAUUAGGCCCUUUCACAAAUAUGUAUGAUAAAGUUUACAUAUGGUUAGAACUUAGAACCAGAUAUGUAACUCAUUUUAUAUACAUUUUCAUAGCAGAAUAAGAGGUUAGUUAAUGAAAUUAGUACAAUAUUAUUUUGUUUCA